CCUGUCUCUUACAGCCCUAGCAGUCCUGUGCAGAUUCUAGAAGACACCAGCUACUUUUUCUCGGACUUUCAGCUUUACUCUGGGAGGCAUGAAGCAUCUGCUUUGACGGUGGAGGCAAACAGUAGCAUCAGGGAAAAAGUUGAGGAUCCUCUUUGUAACUUCCACUCCCCAAACUUCCUGAGGAUCUCAGAGGUGGAAAUGAGAGGUUCCGAGGAUGCGGCAGCUGGAACAGUAUUACAGCGGCUGAUCCAGGAGCAACUGCGGUAUGGCACCCCCACCGAGAACAUGAACUUGCUAGCCAUUCAGCACCAGGCCACAGGGAGUGCAGGACCAGCUCACCCUACAAACAACUUUUCUUCCACGGAAAACCUCCCUCAAGAAGACCCACAAAUGGUCUACCAGUCGGCACGCCAAGAACCGCAGGGUCAGGAACACCAGGUGGACAAUACGGUGAUGGAGAAACAGGUCCGGUCCACACAGCCUCAGCAGAACAAUGAGGAACUGCCCACAUACGAGGAGGCCAAAGCCCAGUCACAGUUCUUCAGGGGGCAACAGCAGCAGCAGCAGCAACAGCAGCAGCAGCAGGGGCCAGUGAGCCACGGUUACUACAUGGCUGGGGGCACCAGUCAGAAGUCCCGCACUGAGGGGAGGCCCACGGUGAACCGUGCCAACAGUGGACAGGCGCAUAAGGACGAGGCGCUGAAAGAACUGAAGCAGGGCCAUGUCCGCUCUCUGAGUGAGAGAAUCAUGCAGCUGUCGUUGGAGAGGAAUGGUGCUAAGCAGCACCUCCCCAGCUCAGGGAAUGGAAAGGGGUUCAAAGCAGGAGGUGGGCCCUCUCCUGCCCAGCCUGCUGCAAAAGUGCUAGACCCUCGUGGUCCUCCACCUGAGUAUCCCUUCAAGACCAAGCAAAUGAUGUCCCCAGUCAGCAAGAACCAGGAUCACGGACUUUUCUACAGUGACCAGCACCCCGGGAUGCUCCACGAGAUGGUCAAGCCUUACCCUGCUCCUCAGCCUGCUAGAACAGAAGUGGCCGUGCUGAGGUACCAGCCACCCCCAGAGUAUGGGGUUACCAGCCGCCCAUGCCAACUUCCGUUCCCGUCGACCGUGCAGCAGCACAGCCCCAUGUCCUCUCAGACCUCCUCCGUCAGUGGGCCACUGCACUCUGUCUCCUUGCCACUUCCACUUCCGAUGACCUUGGCGGCUCCACAGCCCCCGCCUUCCGCCUCCCCCAGCCAGCAGCUUGGUCCAGAUGCAUUUGCGAUUGUGGAGCGCGCCCAGCAAAUGGUGGAGAUACUAACUGAGGAGAACCGAGUGCUUCACCAGGAGCUUCAGGGUUACUACGACAAUGCCGACAAGCUCCACAAGUUUGAAAAAGAACUCCAGAGAAUUUCAGAAGCCUAUGAGAGUCUGGUGAAGUCCACUACCAAGCGAGAGUCACUGGACAAGGCCAUGAGAAAUAAACUGGAAGGCGAGAUCAGAAGACUUCACGAUUUCAACAGAGACCUCCGAGAUCGACUGGAGACAGCCAACAGGCAGCUGUCUAGCAGGGAGUAUGAAGGACAUGAAGACAAAGCUACCGAGGGGCAUUAUGCUUCCCAGAACAAAGAGUUCUUAAAAGAAAAGGAGAAGUUAGAGAUGGAGUUAGCAGCUGUGCGCACUGCGAGUGAGGACCAUCGGAGACACAUUGAGAUCCUGGACCAGGCUUUGAGCAAUGCCCAGGCCAGAGUCAUCAAGCUGGAAGAGGAGCUGCGAGAGAAGCAAGCAUAUGUGGAGAAAGUUGAGAAGCUGCAACAGGCCCUGACCCAGCUGCAGUCCGCAUGUGAGAAGCGAGAGCAGAUGGAGCGCAGGUUGCGGACCUGGCUGGAGAGAGAGCUGGAUGCACUGAGGACCCAGCAGAAACAUGGAAAUGGCCAGCCAGCCAGCAUGCCAGAAUACAAUGCUCCGGCCCUCAUGGAACUCGUGCGGGAGAAGGAGGAGCGGAUCCUGGCCCUGGAGGCUGACAUGACCAAGUGGGAGCAGAAGUACCUGGAGGAGAGCACCAUCCGUCACUUUGCCAUGAGUGCUGCAGCCACUGCUGCAGCUGAGAGGGACACCACCAUCAUCAACCACUCAAGGAACGGCAGCUAUGGCGAGAGCUCACUGGAGGCCCACAUCUGGCAGGAGGAGGAGGAAGUGGUGCAGGCCAACAGGAGGUGUCAGGACAUGGAGUACACUAUUAAGAAUCUCCAUGCCAAAAUCAUUGAGAAGGAUGCCAUGAUUAAAGUCCUCCAGCAGCGAUCCCGUAAGGAUGCUGGGAAGACUGACUCCUCCAGCCUUCGGCCAGCUCGCUCUGUCCCGUCCAUCGCGGCGGCCUCUGGGGCACACUCCCGCCAGACCUCACUUACCAGCAACCAGCUGGCCGAAGAGAAGAAGGAAGAGAAGACCUGGAAAGGCAGCAUAGGGUUGCUGCUGGGGAAAGAGCACCAUGAGCAUGCUUCUGCCCCUCUGCUGCCAACUCCACCGGCCUCUGUACUGUCCCCUGCGGCUUCUGUAACGUCAGCCAGCAGUGCCCACGUGAAGACAGGCAGCAAGGACAGCAGCACCCAGACUGACAAGAGCACUGAACUCUUGUGGCCCAACAUGGCCUCGCUCCCCAACCGCGGCAGGCUGAGCACCACCCCCUCCAACAGCCCCGUCCUGAAACACCCAGCCACCAAAGGGACUACAGAGAAAACCGAGAACUCUUCUGGCCACGGGAAGUCACCGGAGCACAGAGGCCGCGUGAGCAGCUUGCUGCACAAGCCCGAGUUCCCUGAUGGAGAGAUGAUGGAAGUUCUCAUCUAACUCUGUCAUCCCUGCUGAAUGUCAUUAUGGAACACUGACAAACAAGGAGAGUGGCAGAGGAAAAGAAAGAUCAGGAAGGUUGCAGAUGGGAAACCAGGAAUGAUAUGAACUGAUAAGAUUUCAGAUUAAUAAGAACAUUUUUUAUAGUUGUUAAAAACAAGAGACCUACGUGACUGCAGAGAGAAGAGAGAGCUAUGCAUUUUUAGAGCAUAUAGCAGAAGGGAGAAGAUAUGCAUGUAGGUUUGGAAACAAAGUUAAGAAGAAGAAAUAGGAAAUGGAAUUUUUUAUUGUAUAGAAAUUGUACCUCCUGGGAAGGCUCUGUGUAUACCCCAUUCUCUGGUUAUAAACAGAUAAACC